AUGCAUUUGCAAUGGGAAAAGUCGAGUCAAGUUGGAAAGCGAGGUCGCCUUUGCUUAGUCACCUAUCGGGGGGAGCUAGCAGCGAUAACGGACACACGUGCGCGAAGAGGCUCAAUUCCGUCAACAGCCUUGGCGUCUUUUCGCGCUUGUCGACGGGUAGUGAGGAGCUCCUGGUCAACGCUGCACUCUGUUUCUCCGACAAGCAAAUCGCUGGGCACGCCAGCAAACCCUCUCUUGUCGCUUGACAUGCGCCCAUACGUCAUUUCUAUUACAAAAGUCCAUUCUACCCACCCUCUUCUGGGUUGA